AUGGGACGUCAAAAGCAGGCAGCACCUCUCCAGAGAGCCCCUUCAUCUCAAGUAAUGCACUUGGACGAUGCCGGCGUGUCCAAGCCCGCCAAUGGCAAUCCCACUCCCAAUGGCAGCGCAUCUGAGAAAGCAUCGGCAGUCUUGGAGACAGUCGCCGAGACUCCUGGGUUGGCCCAGCUGGUGAUCUGCGUCUUGGGUAUUUACGCAGCAUUCCUCUCGUGGGGUGUUCUCCAAGAGGCAAUUACAACAACGAGCUAUCCCGUACGCCCGCCGUCUGUUGCCGAACCUGAGCCACCCACAGAGCGAUUCACCUAUUCGCUUGUCCUCAACACCAUCCAAUCUACAUUUGCUGCGACAACAGGCUUCUUCUACCUUCUGAUCUCGACACCCAAGGGCCAAAGCACUCCAUCCAUCUUCCCAACGCGUCGCAUCCUGUUCCCUCUCAUCCUAGUCGCCAUCUCCUCAUCGCUUGCCUCCCCCUUCGGCUACGCGAGUCUUCAACACAUCGACUACCUGACCUUCAUCCUCGCGAAAUCAUGCAAGCUCCUCCCUGUUAUGGUCCUACACCUGACAAUCUUCCGGAAGAAAUACCCCUUGUACAAAUAUGGUGUCGUGUUGAUGGUCACUCUCGGCGUUGCGACAUUCAGCCUACACCACCCUGGUACGAGUAAGAAGGUCGCUGCGGCAAAUUCGGGCUCUUCAGGCUGGGGCAUUUUCCUACUGGCCAUCAAUCUCCUAUUGGAUGGUCUGACCAACACCACACAAGACCAUGUCUUCAGCUCCCCGAAGCUCUACACGCGCUUCACCGGACCCCAGAUGAUGGUCGCGCAAAAUGUGCUGUCAACCGCGCUGACAGCUGCAUUCCUUCUUGUCAUGCCGCAUCUCUCCCAGAGUGGCGUGCUGCACAACCUCUUGCCAUUCCCUAUCCCUCCGUCCAAUGAAACAGAGCUGUAUGGCGCGAUUUCAUUCCUCUCCCGUCACCCAGAAGCCCUCAAGCACGUCCUUGGGUUUGCGGCUUGCGGUGCUGUCGGCCAGCUGUUCAUUUUCCACACUCUUUCCCGCUUUUCCUCGCUGUUGCUCGUUACCGUCACCGUCACUCGGAAGAUGUUGACUAUGCUUCUCAGCGUCUUCUGGUUCGGUCACUCGCUGUCUGGCGGCCAGUGGCUGGGAAUUGGUCUGGUCUUUGGCGGUAUUGGUGCAGAGGCCGUGGUUCAGAGGUCAGAGAAGAAGGCAAAAGAGCGAUCUAAGAUCGAGGCUGCCAAGAAAGAGUUGUAA